AUGUCAUACAAUAAGCCGGACGGCCCUCCUCCUUCCUAUCCUGCGCCCGUUCAUGACGCUGGCCCAUACGGCCACCCCGGCUCGCCUCCUCCUGGCGGCGCAAACCAAGACUACUACAACCAAGGCGGUUACUACCCUCCUCAGAACUACGGUCCCCCUCCCCAGCAAGGCCAGCAAGGAUACGGCGGUUACGGCUCCCCUCCUCCCCCGGGUCAACCUAUGUACUAUCCUCCGCAAGGAUAUCCGCAACAGCAGCAAGGUUACUAUCCGGAAGACCGGGGAGGGCCUUCAGGCGGUGGCAUUUGUGCCGGUAUCAUGGCCGCUCUUGCAUGCUGUUGCUGCUUGGAUAUUCUGUUUUGA